CUGUCGUGCGCGCACAUAGUCAAAGAGCUUUUCGUGUUUCCUCCAUUUGAGCGAUUGUCGAGGUGCUUGAUGGCCGCCCGGCGCGCCACGCUGUCGCACUUAGCUCCAUUGAGACACCCAGUUUGCACUUGAAAGUCGUGUGACAAUAAGUCUCCGGUGGGUAAUCAGCUCCCCCCGCCUCUCUGCCUUCCUCUUCCUCCCCACUGGCCGUGCGUCCCGGCCCCAGUGCGCAACGAGAGAGUCGCGCGAAAGGAGACAUGAAAGAAAUUUGUCUCCGCUUUUAUUUGACUUGGAGUUCUAGCUGUACUUGAUUUAUAAUAACAUUACGAGGCUUGUCCCUCCCUGCGUCAGCGCUGACAUGGCCAGCGAGACCCGUCAGCAGCAGCUGGAUCCUCCGCCUCCAUUCCGAUAUAGUCCGGUGUCCUGCGUCUUGCAUCCCGCCAUGCUGAGCUCACAAUCCGCUUCGGAAAGCUCGUCCACGGUGGCUAAAGGAAAGAAAAGCAGCUCGAGUUUGAGGCGGCCGGAAAAACCUCCGUAUUCCUACAUCGCCCUCAUCGUCAUGGCAAUCCAAAGCUCCCCGAGCAAACGACUGACACUCAGCCAAAUCUAUCAGUUCCUGCAGGCCCGUUUCCCCUUCUUCAGGGGCUCUUAUCAGGGAUGGAAAAAUUCAGUCCGUCACAAUCUUUCUCUGAAUGAAUGCUUCAUAAAGUUGCCCAAGGGACUCGGCAGACCGGGAAAAGGCCACUAUUGGACCAUCGAUCCUGGCAGUGAGUUUAUGUUCGAGGAGGGCUCUUUUCGUCGUCGGCCCAGAGGCUUCAGAAGAAAGUGUCAAGCCCUUAAACCCAUGUACAGGAUGAUGAACGGCAGAGGAUUCGGCACGUCCAUUAUGCCGGAGAAUUUUGACUUCCAGCCCCCCCCUGCAACGCUCUCCUGUCACGGCAACAGGUACAAUUUAGAUCUGAUGAGCCGAGGCUACGAAGGACUGGGCGGCGGCCAUCACGUACCCCACAUGUCUCCGAGUCCGGGAUCCGCGUACAUGGCGAAUUGUCCGGUUCCAUCCAACGGAGAAUACGGCCCGGACAGCAGCAGCAGUCCAGUACCGUCCUCUCCGGUUACUGGAACUGCCUUGGACAGCCACUCCCCGUACGCCAGUGCGUCCGCACAGUGGACCACCUCGGGCGGGUCUCCCUACAUCAAACAGCAGCCUUUAACCUCAGGCAGCCCCGGGUCAUCUUCACUGCACACCAGCAUGUCACCUUACUCACUGGAGCAGACCUACAUCCACCAAAACAGCAGGGAGAGCCACCACAGCGACAUUUCAGUUGGGUUUCCACUUUAUCAGAGCCACUGCGAUCGGAAAGAUUUUGUGUUCAACCUCAACGGCAUCUCGUCCUUCCACCCGACGCCCGGCGGGUCCUACUAUCACCAUCUUCAUCAUCACCACCAUCAUCAUCCUCAGAGCAUGAGUCAGGACAUUAAGCCGUGUGUCAUGUGAGCGCUUCUGUCAUCCUGGACCAGUAAAACUGCACGUCCGCCAUGUAACAUGACUAUUUUGGGGGAUCUGUUGGAGAACUAUUACUGAUUUUUCACAUGAUGGCUAUAUUCACAUGUUACCUUUGAUCUAUGGAAGGAAAAUAAAUGAAGAAACCUUCUUGGCCACGAGGGGGUGGGGGGCAAAUACAUUAAACAAAACGCUUCGUCAAAAUGAAAAACGGCAAGUGCUCCCUUGUGAACAAGAUAUGUAUUAUGUAACUAUGUUUUAUCCUUCUCACGAUGCUGUAUUAUAAACUGCAAAAAAUAUUGCACUG